AUGACAGCCAUCCUAACCUUCCUCCUUUGCUUUGGGCUGAGUCUGGGCCAGAAAUUCCAAGCACAGGCUGGUGCGUUCCCUAAACCCACUAUCUGGGUUGAGCCAGGGUCCAUGAUCUUCCAGGGGAGACCUGUGACCAUCUGGUGUCAGGGCUCCCUGGAGGCGAAGGAAUACCUUAUGGUUAGAGAGGAAACUAACCUCACCCUCCAGUGUGGCUCAGGGUUGGGGUCUGGCAGCUUCAUUCUCUAGGAGGAAGAACAUGAACGAUCCUGGAUCCUAGACUCACAGCAGCGCUCCAGUGGGCUUCUUCAGGCUGUGUUUUUCAUGGGCCCUGUGACCCCCAGCCACAGAUGGACGUUCAGAUGCUAGGACAACAAUCCUCACCUGUGGUCCAACCCCAGUAAUGCCCUGCAGCUUCUAGUCUCAAGCUUCCUCAAUUGCAGAACAUUAUCCCAUUCCGGCCCCUUGGCUGGGCUUUCUCAGGCUGUCUUCCUUCUGGCCAAGGUGGAUUGUACCCAUGCGGGCCAGUUCAGAUGUUAUGGGCAGUACAACCUCUCCCAAGAGCAGUGCCCCAGUGACCCUGUGGACAUCUUGGUCACAGAGAACAUGACCUGGCAGUGUGCUUCCCUGAACCAAGCCCACUUCACCACGAGCCUUGUGACCUCAGCCCCCACAAGGACCUAUAGGUGUUACAGUUCCCUCAGCACCUCUCCGUACCUGUUGUCACACCCCAGGGAGCUCCUGGAGAUCAUGUCUUCAUGGUGGGUCUUAAGUGUCCUGGCACCGCCUGGUAGCCCCAGCCCUCCGCCCACAGAGCGCACUGGUAGCCCCAGCCCUCCACCCACAGAGCGCAACCCAACAGUUGGCCUCAAGAGGUACCUGCCCGUUCUAAUAGGAGUCUCCAUAGCCUUUGCUUUGCUUCUCUUCCUCCUCCUCCUCUUCCUUCUCCUCCAACGUCAAUGCCGGAGAAAGGAGUCAGAAGCCUCUGUUGACCCCAAUCCUUCUGGCACAGCAGCAGACUCCAAGACAGACAAUCCCCUGGAACUGUGCCCGCAGGGAAGUUCUGAGUGUGGCCUCGGGCUGCCCAGGAACAAGGACUCGGCCUCCCAGAAUUUCACAGAGGGGAAUAGUGUGCGCCUGGGCCUGUCCGCUGUGAUCUUGCUGAUCCUGGUGGUGAUUCUGGCAGAAGCUUGCUACUGCGAGUGCCGAUCUCAAGCUGUUUGCAUGGGAUGGAGACAAGAUGGCAGCAGGCAGAGAGAUGAGACUCCAGACUGA